AUGUCUUCAAACAUUGCUCGAUUGCUCUUGGCCUUCUUCUUGGCCACAAUAGCACUGGCCUUGCCUACCCCUAGCACAACCUCAAAUCAAAACACAGUACCUCUCAAUGGGCUCCCAGCACCCGGCGCUCUAUCGCUCAGGUACAUCACCCUCGGUGUCGGCACUCAGAACUACAGCUGCAGCGCCGCGGGUGCAGCCCCUACAGCUAUUGGUGCAGUAGCCGACCUUUACGAUGCCAGUUUGCUCAAGUCGCCUGCAAGAUCCUCGUUGAUCCCAUCGUUCGCCGCUGUGGCCUACAACACACGCACAUGGUUCGAUCUACCGACAUUGGGACACCACUGGUUCAGCGCUGCAGGUGUGCCGACAUUCAACCUCGAGGGUCACGCCUUCCUGAGUGCGAAGAAGGUGGCAAAUGUGCCGGCGCCGAGUGGAAGUAUCGAUGGAAGUGUGGACUGGCUCUUUCUGCAAGAUGAUGGAAGGGGUGUGAGCAAGAAUCUCAAGGCUGUCUACAGGGUCGAGACUGCGGGAGGUAGUCCGCCAGCCACUUGCAGCAGUGCUGGAGUCAUCAAAGUUCCUUACGCUGCUGAGUAUUGGUUCUAUGGUUGA